GCCCCGCAAGACACUCUGAUGGUGAUCCGAGAGUGUUCGGUAAACUGAACAUAUGCCCUAUUCCUACAUUACCGACUUAUCGACAUUGUCGUCCUGCAAACGUCACAGGCAUUGGACUUUCAGUGUUAUUUUGUUCGCAUUUCCUUGCGAAAAACAGCGCAAAUACCUCAAAAAUCGCUGCAAAAUGUACGCCAACAAGGAGUACAAUGAGGACUACAUCUACGAGUACGACGUACCUCAGCAAAGGAUCUAUUCGCCGAGAAGAGCAGCAUUAUCCUGAAAUUAUGGAUCUCAUCGCGCACGACUUUCCGGGAAGCCGACAAACUGCCAAACUUCUACCGGCGCCACGAAAAGGCGGCGGAGCGGAUUGCCGGCGCAGGGGGCGAUUGAGGAGGUGCUGCAGCACAAGCUGACAGGCUGCAGGAAGUCGCACGAGGGCAAAAUCAGACACAAAGCCGGGCGUGCAGCAACUCCCCCGUGCAUGAUCCGGGAGAGGGGCAAAGUGGAGAGCAUGCAAUUCAACAGGAUUCUCUGCGACGUGCCGUGCAGUGGCGACGCCACGCUGCGAAAGAAUCCGGACAUCUGGACAAAGUGGAAUCCCGCGCACGACACGAAUCUCAAUGGUGUGCAGUUCAGGAUAGCCAAGAGAGGCGCUGAGCUGCUGACGAUCGGCGGGAGUCUGGUGUACUCCACGUGCUCCUUCAAUCCCGUGGAGAACGAGGCGGUGAUUUUGCGUCUGUUGAAGGAGUCCGAGGGCGCGCUGGACUUGAUUGACGCCUCCAGUCUCGUGCCGGGACUGAAGUUCUCGCUUGGGAUGCAGAAGUGGGAGCUGGCGGCGAAGGACAUGAGUUUCUACGCGGAUUUCCAGGCAGUUCCCGAGCAGUAUCACAUAAUCUUGCGCCCGCAGAUGUUCCCGCCGGAGGAUUCUUUGUGGCGGUGCUGGUGAAGACCAGAGCCAUGCCGUGGGCGCUGGAGGAGGAGAAGAGAGGCUCUCCGGCGGCGCCGCAGCGCAAGAAGCGCCGCCUGGGCGGCUACAAAGAGGAGCCCUUUGUCUUCUUCCACGGCGACGAGGACAUCUUCUCCUCCAUCAAGUCCUUCUACACGCUGCGCGAGGACUUCCAGCCCACGUGUCUGCUAUGCCACGCGCUAUCACACGGGCAAGAAGAAGAAUAUCUACUUCAGCUCCGAGUCCAUUCGUGACAUUGUGUAGCUGAGCGGCGAUCGCGUGAAGAUCAUCAACACGGGCGUGAAGGUGUUCGUGCGCUGCGACAACAAGAACAUGUCGUGCGCCUUCAGGCUCGCCCAGGAGGGUCUGCCCAGUGUGAAUGAGUUCGUGGGCAGCGACCGGAGGGUGCGGCUGGAGAGGAGUGAUCUCGUGACGCUACUGCACAACACGGACCCCACGAAGCCGCCCAAGGUGGAGGAAUUGACGGCGGCGAGCCAGGAGAGAAUCGCCGGCGUGACGCCGGGCAGUUGCGCGCUGGAGUAUCGCGAGCCGAAGCUACAGAUCACGCUCGUGGGCUGGCGAGACACCACGAGCCUGCGCGCGUACGUCGACCAGAGCGAAACGGUGCACAUGUUGCGACUCCUGCGCGCGGAUUUGUCGCAAUACGAGGUGAACAAGUUCCGGAAGCCCGUCGAGGAGGAGGAAGUGAAGGAGGAGGUGCAAAAAGAGGAAGAAGUGGAGCCAAAAGACGCCCUGCAGAGCCAGGAAGAGAUUGUUUGAUGCCUUUUUUACUCUUUAUUGUACAUUCUUUGAGAAGUACAUAAGUUUUAUGAAAAGUU